AGCGUUCGGCCGCGUCUUGCAACAACCGGAAGUGCGCCGGAGAGCGUAGCUGGGGCACAAAGGAAGAGAAUGAUGUGAGAGGGGGCGAUGUGAGAAUUGAGGGGGCCAGGUAAUUGUUGGAGGAUGCAGGCUGAGGACAGAUGGCUGUUGAUACAAAGAAGGUAUAAUGACUUGGAAAAGGCCUCAUUGGUGGCUGAAGUGCUGUCUGUGGCUGCAUGAUGGAAGGGAACGAGACCACAAACAUGGGCAGUAAAUCCGUUGGAUGGCUUCCGAAGCAAGAUAAAAAUGUGGAACCGUGGUUGUGGAAGCUCUCAAACUGCUUCUCUACACUUGGUCACUCUUUACCUUCUACUGGUGGAAACCCGAAAGAUUACAUGGAGCAUCCAAAACCAAAAGUGGAACUAAAGGAUGUUCCUCCUCCCCCACCCCCAAUUAAGCCUUGUAAAAAUAUUUUCCCAACAGUACCCCUUUCUAAGAUCCAACCACCAAAACUACCAGAUGCUCAACAUCAAACAGGCCCAAAAGUAAGCUGCUGUGUGCUGUGUUCCAGUGGCACCUCUUGUGCACCUGAUAUUCGGUGCAGUGGUGGUGGAUUUAUUCAUCCCAACACAAUCUUGGACACCAGUACAGUUACCUGCCAGGUAGCCCCAGGGCUGCCGUUUGCACCUGAAAGUCCUUUUAAAAAAACUUCAAAUACAAGCACUUUUGUCCCUCACCCAGCUGGUUUCUCCAAUCUUUGUUUGGAAAACCGCCUGUCACCAUGCCAGUGCCAUUCUCAGCCAGCACGUUGCUAUUCUACACUUCAUUUGAAUCCUUUUCACGGGGACCACCCCAAACUUCAGCUUCCUGCACUUGGCACAUCUCCUAGCUACUUCACCAGUGGGCUGUCUCAGCACCUAGAAAACAGUCUAGCACAGUCUGAGUACCUGUCACAUUUCUGCACAAGUUCUCUCCAUCUAAACCCACCCUCUGUCUUUCUCAAAGGCCCUCACUUCUGUGAUGUCUGCUUGGAAGAGCCAACUAGCAAUAAAGUCACUGAUUCACAUAAGAUUUGGCCACAUAUCCCUCCACCAAACACGAAGAGUGCUCCCAUCCCUAUAUGCAAUGGCUGUGGAACACAAGAGACCGUGAAGGAGGCUGCCCUCUUACUUGCAAAGAAUCUCUGUAAAGCAUCACAGAAAUAUGGUUCCCCCGAUAUGACUACAGCUCAGGUGCAGGAAAAUCUUCCCCCUAUAGGUGUGUUUUGGGACAUUGAAAAUUGCUCUGUACCCAGUGGGCGUUCCGCAGUGACAGUAGUCAAGCGAAUCCGAGAGAGGUUGUUCAAAGGCCACAGAGAGGCAGAAUUCAUUUGUGUUUGUGACAUCAGUAAGGAAAACAAAGAAGUUAUUGAGGAACUUAAUAAUUGUCAGGUAACUGUUGCUCACAUUAAUGCUACAGCAAAAAAUGCUGCAGAUGACAAACUCCGACAGAGUCUGAGAAGGUUUGCAGACACACACACUUCUCCUGCCACUGUUGUUCUGGUUUCAACUGAUGUCAAUUUUGCUCUGGAACUCAGUGACCUGAGACACAGGCACAGUUUCCAUAUCAUACUAGUUCACAAGAACCAGGCAUCUGAAGCACUUCUUCAUCAUGCACAUGAGCUUAUCCGCUUUGAAGAAUUUAUUUCAGAUCUUCCUCCUAGGUUACUCAUUAAAAUGCAGCAUUGCCAAACACUUCUAUAUGCAUAUAAUUUGCCAACAAACAGAGAUGCAAAGAGUAUAAGCAACCGUCUCCGUCGUUUGUCAGAUAACUGUGGAGGAAAAGUUAUGAGCAUAUCUGGCACCAGUGCAAUCCUCCGUUUUGCAAACCAAGAGAGUGCUGAACGAGCCCAGAAACGCAUGGAGAAUGAGGAUGUUUUCGGCAACAGGAUUACAGUGUCUUUCACUCCUAGAAACAAGGAGGUCACUGAAGCAAAGAACAGCUCUGUCAGUACCGAGAAAGCAAAAUCUCCUAAAAAAGUGAACAAGAACACCAAAUUGUGCCUCGCCAUCAAAGAUCAACAUGACCCUCCAUCUAACACCAAAGCUGCUUCCAAGUCUGCAUGUGGGGCCGUCAGCAAAAACUCAAAUGUUAAGAGUUUGAAGGAGCUUUGCCAGAUGCAAUCCAAGUCAAAUAAAAACUGCCAGCAGGAGAAAGACAAGAAAAGAAAUGGAGACAAGCAAGAUACUUUAUCCCAAAGCAACUCUCUCUGUCCAAGCCAGGUGCCUCAAACAGCUAAAAAUGUUGGAACAGACUACACCGCUUUUAAAAGCUUUCAGAAGAGGGAUGACCCAACAUGCAAAAGCAAUGCAGAUUCCUCAAAAGAGCAAAAAAACAAAGACGACGUUGCAUUUCAAAUAAGUAACCCAUCUGCCUUCAGCAAAUUAACAGACUCAAGGCAACCCAGUCCUUUUUGUUCAUCACAGAGUGGCUGGUCAUCAAGGAGUUUGUCUCCAAGCCUUUCAAACUGCUCUUCACCUAUAACUGCUAAUCAGACUGGUGCUGCAGAAAAUUCUGUUGACCCUUUUGCAAAUGGUGCUGACAUUCAGAUUGGAAAUCUGGACUAUCGAAUGUCCAGAAAAGAACUCCAGCAAACCUUGCAUGACAUAUUUUCCAGGCAUGGAAAGAUAAAGAAUGUUGAGCUCAGUCCCCAUACUGACUAUCAACUGAAAGCCACUGUUCAGAUGGAAAACCUCCAGGAAGCCAUCUGUGCAGUUAAUAGUCUACACAGAUACAAAAUUGGGAGUAAGAGAAUCCAAGUGUCUCUGGCAACAGGAGCAACAAAUAAAUCUCUUUCUCUGUUAAGCUUUGGAACAGUUUCUAUCCUCCAAGAUGCUCCAGCAUGUUGUCUCCCUUUGUUUAAGUUUACAGAAAUCUAUGAAAAAAAGUUUGGACACAAGCUAAUUGUGUCAGAUUUAUACAGAUUAACCGACACGGUUACUAUACGUGACCAAGGAAAUGGGCGACUAGUUUGUCUGCUGCCCAGUGUUCAAGCAAGACAAAGUCCAUUGGGAUCAUCUCAUUCACAUGAUGGCUCCUCUGCAAACUGCAGUCCUGUUGUAUUUGAAGAUCUUGAAUAUCAUGAGCCUAUAUGUAGACAGCACUGCUUUAAUAAGAAAUUCAGUGGUCAUGAUUUUGAUCCGGACUCCUACAUAAUUCCUUUUGUGAUAGUCUCUCUGAAGACUUUUGCUCCCCAAGUUCAUAGUCUCUUGCAGACUCACGAGGGAACGGUUCCAUUGUUGAGUUUCCCUGACUGCUAUGCUGCAGAGUUCAGUGCAUUAGAAGAAGUGCAGGAAGGACAAGGAGGAGUCCCUUUAGAGCACCUGAUAACUUGUAUUCCUGGGGUUAACAUUGCAACUGCUCAAAAUGGAAUAAAGGUUGUCAAGUGGAUACACAACAAGCCACCCCCUCCAAAUUCUGAUCCUUGGUUAUUAAGGUCCAAGAGCCCUGUCGGUAACCCACAGUUGAUUCAAUUCAGCAGAGAAGUGAUUGAUUUGUUGAAGAAUCAACCAUCAUGUAUUAUGCAAGUCGCUAAAUUUAUCCCAACAUAUCACCAUCACUUUGCAAAGCAGUGCCGUGUGUCUGAUUAUGGAUACUCCAAGCUUUUGGAGCUGCUGGAGGCUGUGCCUCAUGUUCUGCAGAUUCUUGGCAUGGGUUCGAAACGCUUAUUAACCCUAACUCACAGGGCCCAAGUAAAACGCUUUACUCAAGAUCUCCUAAAGCUUCUUAAGUCUCAGUCCAGCAAGCAAGUCAUUGCAAGAGAAUUCUCACACGCUUACCACUGGUGUUUCUCAAGAGACUGGGAUGUAUGCAAAUAUGGUGUAUGUGAUCUGGUUGACAUUGUAUCAGAAAUACCUGAUACCACAAUAUGUGUUUUGCAGCAAGACAAUGAGAGUGUAAUCUCUAUUCCAAAGCGAGAACGUACGCCUGAAGAGGUUGAAAGGACAAAGCAAUUUUCCAAGGAAGUUGUUGACUUGCUUCGACAUCAGCCCCAUUUCAGAAUGCCUUUUAAUAAAUUUAUUCCAUCCUAUCACCACCACUUUGGUCGUCAGUGCAAACUCACUUAUUAUGGGUUUACCAAACUGCUUGACCUCUUUGAAGCCAUACCAGAUGUUUUGCAAGUCUUAGAGUGUGGUGAGGAAAAGAUUUUGGCUUUGACAGAAAUGGAGCGUAUUAAAGCCUUAGCAUCCCAGCUUGUUAAACUUCUGCGUUCUCAAAAAGACUCCUCCAUUAUUAUGCCUGACUUGCUUACUGAAUAUAGCAAGACAUUUGGUUACAGUCUGAGGCUCCACGACUAUGAUGUCAGCUCUGUGCCUGCACUGAUGCAAAAACUCUGCCAUGUUGUUAAGAUUAUGGAUACAGCCUCGGGAAAACAGAUUCAGCUGAUAAACAGGAAGUCCUUGCGUUCGUUAACUGCCCAGCUUUUGAUACUGCUAAUGUCUUGGGAUGAAUCUUCAUUCCUCACUGUUGAGCAGCUCUGUCAAGUCUAUCAAACUGUCCAUGGCAUUCCUCUUAAUCCAUGUGAAUAUGGGUUUGUGUCCUUGACAGAACUUAUGAAAAGCCUUCCGUAUUUGGUUGAGGUACAUGCAAACGAUUUGUGUGAAGAUACCGUGCAGUUAACCUCCUUGUAUGUAUUCGCAAAGAAUGUUCGUUCUUUGCUGCACACUUAUCACUAUCAACAAAUUUUUUUGCACGAGUUCCCCACUGCAUAUAGCAAAUAUGUUGGAGAAGUGCUUCAGCCGAAACAGUAUGGCUACAGUAGUCUAGAGGAGAUUUUGGGAGCCAUCCCUCAGGUUGUUUGGAUCAAAGGACAUGGACACAAGAGGAUUGUAGUGCUGAAGAAUGAUAUGAAGGCCUGUAACCAAACGGACAAAGAGCUCCUUUGUCUCACUUCUCCUGUGGAUCUAUUGUGUGGCCCUGUUCCUUCCUGCCUCCCAUCUCCUCAACUGCACCCGGAUCCAGUAUUCGCACAGUCGGCAGACCUCAUCCAGUUUGAAGAACAUUUUCAUCUCUCGGAUCUGGUGCAUACCGAAGAAACCCAAUACAAACCUCUGUGUAAUGGGACACAGACGUGUCACUUCCCUACUUCUGCCGAUGUUGAGAAGUCUUCUGAGCCUUCCACCCAGAAUAUUGGCCCACAAGAGUCCACCAAGGAAUUGCCAGAAAGCCCAGUUAAGAGGCAGCACAGAAAUAGAGUGAAACUGGCAGCAAACUUUUCAUUUGCACCUGUAACCAAACUUUAAUUUUUUUUUUUUUUUGAGUUUUGACAUGGAGUCCUGAACAGCAAGGGCACACAGAGUAUUGGUUCCAAAAAAAAAAAGCAUUGCUUCUUUUGAAAUAAUGCCCCCAUGCUUCCCAUGGGCCUAUAUCUCAACAUUAAGAUGCUAAUUCAAAAGCAUUUGUUUUUGUAAUAUCAAGAAAUAAUUCGAUAAUGCCUUUUUUUUUUUACAGGUUUCAGCAAAUGUUUAGCAGUUAAAAAAUGCAGCUAUCCGAUGAAUUUGACUUUUAUUUCCUGCAGGCCUCAUCAGUGUUGUAAUCUUAUUUGUUUAUUGAGCUCUUGUCAGACAAGGUUACCCUGAAGCAUGGUUUGUCUGUGUAGCAUGCCACAUACGUCUGUCCCUUACAGUGUCUCCCCUAUUUUAGGAUUUCUGAAGACAAUCCCGUAUUCUUUAGGUCCAACUUAUUUGAGGCAAUAUUUUGAAUUCAAAAUUUUACUGUGGCACGAAGGGUUGAAUAUUAUGAUGCCGUUUUGAAAAUGGUACAGCCUUUGCUUGUGCAAGUGUAAAGGUUUUUACUUUAGGGCUAUUUCAGGUGACUUGUAAGGUCCAUGCCGUGCACUUUUUUCGUCUAUACAGAUCUGUGUCUGGGAAUUUCAUUUUUACCCAGUUUUAAUGUAUUAAAGAAACAUAUUAUUUUUGCACUGAAGAUCUGUUAAGACUUGAGUAAUGGCGCUGCUUCCUGGAUAAUUUACACCAGUUUAAACUAUGGUUGUGUUCAAACGUAUAAAAAAAAACGUAUAUUUUGAAUUUGGCACUUGAGCAAAAAAAAAAUUGACUGUCUUGGAGAGUAGAACACUUCACACAAAGGAAAGUUUUCCUGUUUACAGUAAUAUGCAUCAAAAUGCAUAAAUCACGGAUACCGGAGCCAUAUAGUCAUUGUAGUGGUAUUCGCAUAAGCAGAUGCCAUUUCCAGUGAAAAGGAAGUGUUAUCUACGAGUGGAAAAGCCAAGGUUGUUCCCUUUAACCUUGACCUUUUUUAAAAAUGCUUAGCAAAUGGACAAAGGUAGCUGGUGGGAUGGCAUAUUGUCUUUUAACGGUCUGGUUUUUAUUGGAAGCAUCCCUUUGGGUUUUUUUGAAAAAGAAAUUGUCGGUUUUGGAGUUAAGUCUGGCUUUUGGGAAAAGGCCACACAUGACGCCAGGAAAAACCAGUGGGAUUGCCUGUUUGACUGAUUUUUUGGUGUUAUAGGACAGAAGGCCACCUACUCCUUCUGAAUUUACCUGACAUUUACAAUGGAUUGUAUUAGUCAGGCAAGUGAUGGUUUCUUGUAGAACUUUCUUAGAAAGGGUUCUAUAUUUGUGUUGUGUUUUUGGGUUCUUUGCAAUAUGCUAGAAAGACAGAAGAUGGGACUCCGAUUCCUAAGCCAUUUCAAUUAAAUGCUUUAACUUAAUGGCUUUUUGAAUUUAUUUUACCUCUUGGAUUUCACACAAGGAAGGAUCUUUUAAAACAUGGCCUCUUUAGCCUGAUAACGUUGUAACGACUGUGUAGACACAGGACAAAUUCAGGAGAGAGUUCUUUCUGCACAUACAUACAGUCUCACAAAAGCAUUACCUCUAUGGACAUGGUGUAGGUUUCAGAGCAAUUUGUUUUAGACUGCUUUUUAAAACUUAAUUGAAAAUAAAACACCUUUGUAACCUUAUGCUAAGAUUUUUUUCUGUUAGGAGAGUCAUCACGUAAGUGUAAAAUGCAAUUUUUUUUCUUUUUUUUUUUGUAUUGCAAGUACCUACAGGUCACCUGAAAUACUUCUUGUUCUCCAAAGUGGCAAAAACAACUCUUCAGCAUGGAGGUUAUACUUGUAAUGGUCAACGUAGAUUUUACUUUUUGUCCUCCCAGAAUCAUUUUGUAACCAGCUCAAGCUUUGUUCUAUAUGGAUGUUGGCAAAUGUUCUACAAAAAUGUGCUUAAAGAUCGUUGCGGUUUUUUUUUAAAACUGAUGAACUGAAGAAUUAUGAGGCUAUUUAAAACUUUAUUUGGAAAAAAAAACAUAACUUUAGUUUGUAACUAGAAUAAAAUUUAAAAAGUUAAUGCACACCAACCCUUUUGGAGGCUUUUGAAGUUGUCGGGGCUUAAAAAAUUAUGCACUGUUCUUUUCUUGUUCAUUUAUAGUCUCAAGUGUGUUGGGACCAAAUUGUGUGUCAAUAAAAAUUGCAAGCAUC